AGUAUCAAUUACAUUGUUAUUACCGGGGAGUAGCCGAAGAUGCGGUCACAGAUAAUGCACUGGUAUAAGAGCAUGCACAACAAUGGGACAGGUACAUGUGUAUACACGGCCGUUAACCGAAGCGUAGACCCCGGUCGUGCGAGCAACGCGAUAGCCAUCACGCGCGCAACUAUGCGUCUAAUUUGGAUUUGCCGCAAAGAGGAUGCGCCUCGCGAAAAAACGAGGGUUACACGGUCCCCGUCGGUCCCCGGGGGCCACUCGUGCCCGGGAAGACCGCGUAUACGCGUAUAUAUAUAUAGCGAAGGGUUCGCCUUUCGGGAAGUUUAGUGAAACAUUCGGGAUGAUGACGAGCGGAGAAGCGCGAGGCUCGCGGAUGAGGAACACGGAUUUCAGCAUAGCCCGUAUACUGGCGGACGAUCGUUGUUCCAAAGCGCGAACGGCUGCCGAGCGGAACGUCCGGGAUGUCGCGCGAAAACGGCCGAGGUACACUUUUUCGGAUCAAGAGAGAAACGAGGAACGAAUACCGAGACACGACGAAGGAAGACGGAUGGAGUACGUUAAUCGCGGCGUUUCGAGUGAAACGUGCCAAGACAUAUCCGUCGCCGCGGAACGAAACGGCGAUAAUAAUAACGAGUCCGCGAUGCGGAGAACCGAUCUCACGUGGCUUCAAUAUACUCGGUACAGGCCGCCGAAGUUACCUAGAAGAUCCUUCGUCGAGAAGCGGAUCAAGCGGCGAACCGGUGAUCAUCCUCGCAUCCCGUUUUCUUCGUCGCAAUUACAAGUGUUGGAGGACAGAUACAGAAAGAGCGCUUAUCUGUCCAGAAACGACGUCAUCGAGAUGUCCGCAACGUUACGACUGCCGCAGAGCAAAAUAAAGAUCUGGUUUCAAAAUCGUCGAGCGAGACAAAGACGCGAAUUACUGAAUUCCACGAUAGUGACAACGUAACGACGAGAUAAUGAUGGAGCCUUGCAAGAAUUUUGAAAUCUAAAUCGAAGAGGCUCAACGUGUGCAAGAUCUGACUCGUAAUUAUUCUAAGUGAUCUGACUUUUGAUAUUUAUUUUAUGACUCUUUUUGUACAAAUAAAUUUAACUAACCUAACCUAUAAUUUUGGCAUGUACAGUUAUUUUAUACCCAAUCAUAAAUUGCAUACACGAAUACUAUUGUUAAUGUAAAAUUAUUAAA